AUGUCUGCGAGCCCCAAGGAAGAUGUCCCCCAGGUGUCCUUUGAGGAUUUUGCCACCCGGUAUCGUCAAAGCCAACGGAAACAAAUCCAGAGGAAGCGACUAGAACGGCGUUUGCGCGCGACCAAGGUAUCCAUCGGGGUUUCUGCGCGCAUGAUCCGUAUUGGAAAUACCGUUCAGCGUGGCCUUGUUGAGGCUCUCAAACAUGAUGACAAGGCCAAUUUCAUCGCCCUAUAUCAUAUGCUCUAUGAUCUUCAGGAGUCCUGUUCCAACGCUCGGGAGGAUCCCCAUUCCUCGGACGACCGUGACCUAUCCCCGGAUGCCGAUUUGGACCAUUCCUCGGAUUUCUUUCACCAAUUAAGUCCCCAGUCCCGGGUGGACUUGCUGGAGAUUUUGCGCUUGGCUCGCUCUGACUCGCAGUUCUUGGUCGACCGUUUACGCAGCUUUACCUCGGCCCAGCUGGCUGCGUUUACGGCGCCAGCAACCGCAUUGGAUGGUGGCGACCCGGCUUUCCCUUCUUCUUCCCGCCGGACUCAAUACUAUAGUCGAACCACGGCCCAGUUCGCUCCGUUCAAGGACCACGCGUACGCCUUUGAAAGGACCGAUCCGCUAUCCAUCUUGCUUUCUAACAUUUAUGCCGCACCUUUGGAACCUGAGACACCUGAGGCCCGGUUGCGCGUGGAUGUUUGGUCCUCAGUUUGUGCUCAAUUAAUAUCCCAUGGAAGCAACAGAUUUUACCCCUUGAUCAGUCAGAUCCUUUCUUCCUGGGCCACUGGCAGCAACUGGAAAGCCCGUCAUAAAUUUGAGCUUUACCUUAUGGAUAUCUUGCAAACCGGAGCUUUUCUAUUGGAACAUGACACCCCUGUUGGAUCGGACUUUGCUUCCCAGACUUCGGAUCCUUUGCGAACUGACGUCGCCGAGGAGUUCUUUGCUUCUGCCGUUAAUGACCUAUUCUGCGUGCUCGAUGAUCCAGAUGGUGGUUUCCCCCGUGCAGUCCUGCAGUUUGCCAAGGCAGUCCUCAGGAAAAUCGAUAACCCUGACAUCCGCAGCCGCUUUCUCGAGUACUUGUUCCUCCAAUGGUUCUUUCCCAAAUUCCUUUACGGUGCCUUGACUUAUCCUGAGACACACGGAUUGUUGCUCGAUUUUCAUAUUCGUAAGGAUGCGCGCGACAGACUGCUUAACCAAGUCGGCAUGCGAGCAUACUCUCAAGUCUAUGCUGUGUUGCGCUCCAUGCACAAUUUCUCCGUCUUGCGUCCCUCUAUCAAGGAGCGUGUGAUCAGCAUGCUGGGCAAAUUCGAGAGCGCAGUCACUCCCAAGACUUCAACGGUUGACUUGUCUUCGUCCGCGACCGAUCUUAGCCGCCGCAACUCCUCAUCGACUUUCCUCUUGUUAUCCGCCACCGACGUACUCACAUUAUUAGACGCUCUUUUCCCACAAACUUUUUCUCCAUUCCAUUCCAGUCCAGCUUCCACCGGUAUUCCACCUUGGUCUUCCAGUCUUUCGCCUACAUAUAAAGCCCGUCCAGAACCGGUUGAAUCUGGCUUCUACCGUUCGAGCUUUGAUACAAGCCCGCGGCCCUCAUCACAAAGUGGAUCUAUUUUCUCAAUGGAGUCAUCUAUAGCCUCUGUCCCUGAGACUGAACUGAGUCAAACCGCUGCUCGGAUCCGCUUCGAGCUGACGGAUCUGGAUGAACCUAGUGAACGCUCGAAAUUGGAACAUCCGUCUGAUGAGCACUGGACAAGCUUUUCUGUUUCUAAAGAUGGUCAUGACCUCACCUGGAGCUUACUUCCUGCCUCUGAACCUGGAUCUUUGAAAGCAUCUGCUAUUGAGAGUGAUGAUGAUACCCUGUCUACCAAUCUAGGCCUGGAGGAAAAUUACGAGGCGCUUCAAACUGCCAUCCUCCGUCUAGUUAGGGAGAGCCAUCUUUAUGAUUCUGAUGAUUACGAUCGAUCUUCAAAAUCUCAACAGCUUGCCAACAUGUCAUUGAAGCAACGCUUCAACCAAGCAAUGGCUUCAACUACCAAUGAUUCCGACUUCGUUGGGGCUCAUUAUUGGUGGAAUGCAUCACGCCAACUUCGACAGGGACGACUUUCCGGCUCCCUGGAUAUUACAGACGAUUCAUGGAUUCUUGGCCCGAUGCACGACUCUUGCAUUCGCUCCUUGAGAAAAUCACGGGCCGUGGUCGAGCGUUGUGAAACGGACUUUGUUUCCCUGGAUCACAGUUUGCGCCGGUUGCAAACUCAGGUGAAGGAUCUUAUGGCCACCAUAUCUAAAGUGCGAAACAAGAUGUGGUACAUGACCGACGUUAAAAACUCUAUGAGGUACGAAGAAGCCAGACAUGUUGCCAUGGCUCUUAAGAACAUGUCUGCGCGACCGCUGGUUGACAUACCUGAAGAGUCGAGAUCUCGCAGUGCAGCUCGAUCAUUGGGUGGUUCCAUAUUCCAGAAACCUGAGCUACAAGUGAUGAACAUCAUGAAGGCACCAACCAGUCAGGGUGGUCCCAAGAAGCUAUCUGAUGAGCAAGUCGAGCUGACUUGCAAAUGGCUAUCGCAUAAUGGCAUCGAGAACUUUUGCAAAGGCGAAGAGCGAAUCCAUCGAUUCUGCUAUGAAGUGCAGACUAGCAUCAAUCGUCUCGUGGGUGAGACCAUGGCAGAAACACCAGUGUUGUGGGCAAGUGAACUUUUCCAAAAGGAACGGGCGAAAUAUGAGGGCUCCGGCACUCGCUCUUUUCCCGGACUAUCUAUGCCUACCACACCACGUCCUUCAACGACCACGAGCGAAGAUCCAAUGUAUACUUCAUAUAUGCAUGGAUACAACCUCCCUAGCCAUGACACAUCCUCAAGAACUUCCCAAGACAUCCCGUCCCUCGAUCGGAAAUCUUCCAUCCAGAGUUUACUUUCAGACAAAUGGCGACCCCAGCGAGACAUGCCCUCUAUUGACGUCAGCUCUAUCGGUGGCUCCCCGGGCCGUGCUGCGUCCACCUCAACUGGUGACACAUUCAGUACGUUCUGGUCUGGUCCACAACGCCACCAUGUAUAUGCAACUAGUGUUUCCAGCGUAUACUCUCGCCCUCCUUCCAUGUUUAGCGAGACUGCAACUCGACAACCUCGUCAUACUGAGCGUAAGACCCAGGGGAAGACUGAAUUCAUGGAAAACCUGCGCCAGACACUCAUUAGCCUUCUGCUCAGCGACUUGGGCUCCCCCGUUUGGAGCUGUGGCAGUGAGACAGACGCCUGGUUCUCAGAUACCCUCAACCAGGCUCGUAUUAGGGUGCAGAUGCAGAAAAGCGCUGCCGUGCAGAAGUUCUACGCAGACUAUGACGAACGGUCUCAGCAUCUACGUGAUGAGCGACGACCAUCUGGGAGUCGACGGAGCAGGUCUCUCGAUACUCCCAGGUUGCCCAUGCGUAAAACCUCCAACUCCGAGCCUUCAACUGUCAAUCGGGAAUCCGCUCAGGAGGAGGAACACUCCGCUUUCUCAUACAAAGCAGUCUUCCAUCGACUGAUUGAGGUGUUUUCGAGACAUGGCAACCCAUUCGUCAAACUUAAUGCAUUACGAGACCUGCGGUCACUGGUUGUAGCCUCACUGAUUUCGUGCCAAGACGGAAACGCUACAAAUUCUAACCGCUGCGAAGUACCCACCGAGGCAGAGAGGGGACGGAAUAAUGGCCACAGGCCACACCAGAGACCCUCGCGCCACAGCUUCUCGGAGCCACAACUGCCGAAAGCCACCCAGGACGCUGGACCGUCCAUCCCCUCCCCACCGGAGUCCGUCACUUGCGGCUCACGCCAAUCAGCAUUUUUCUCUCCCUCCGAAGACAGAAUCGUAUCUACCCUUCGCGACCUAAUCCUCGAAGUAAAGCCAAAAACCCUCUUCCGAGAUCUUCAAUUCAUCUCCGCAUUCGUCCCAGCAGAUCAGCUAAACAAGAGCGACCGAGGAACAGCAUUCCUACAAUUCGGCCUCGCAGCACUAAGUCUCAAAGACGAAGUCUGCCACAGCAUGGUUGAGAUCGCAGAUCGUAUUGUCUCCCAAGAACUCAUGCGCCGUCACCCGCUCCCCGGUCCGGACUUCUAUCCACGACCCGGUCAUGCUAUUGAAGAUGCCGCUGCGUUGUGGUUCAUUACCGCCAAAGAGGGUAAUCCUGUUGCUCAGCGUGAACUUGCCAUACUUUACCUUACGCAUCCUGAGCUACUUCCUCGUGUGACGUUACCGCUUACUCGGCCUCGUGAUACCUUUAAGGCUGAGAUGAUGUAUAUGCGUGGUAAGGACUCGAAAUCGGAUCCGCAGAGUAUGUGUCUCGCACUGCACUGGAUGCAGUUGUCUGCUAGUGGGGGAGAUGUUCUCGCUCGCAACCGGCUUCGUGAACGGGAGGAAUUUGACUCUAUUGCAUGA